CCAAUUUAAUUAUUUUCAGGACAUUUGGAUGUGUGCGCUUCCUAGAGAGACGUUUGUUACAGACACAUAGAUCAUACUUACAGAGACAAGAAGACACUCAAAAGCGCUUUCCUCUUUAGUGUCGAGUCGUAAUCGAAGGUAUCCGUUGGAUUCUCUUUUUAUUCCCUUCAAAUAAAAACUGCAUUAGUAUUUGGUCGUCGUGAGUUUCAACGUCAUUCUCAUUUACCGCCAUCCUCUAGCGAGUGUGCGAACGGGCGACAAGAAACGGAACCAGCGGAAAUGACGACUACAACGAGUACCGAUGGGUACUUCCGACUAACGGUUAGUCCUACCGGCGCCACUGUCGCUGCAGCCGUCAGUAGAACAGGUAGGAAAUAAAAUCUAGUACUGCGCCGCGUGAUCAUACAUCUCUAGUGAGAAUAUUCAUGUAGUAUUGAUAAUCUGCGAAUCCGAAUUUUCAUUUUCCAAAACCGCACCGAUUCCACAAAAAUUUAUCACGACAGGCGGAAGUUUUUCUGUCGACCUUCUCCGCAGCUCCGACCUGGUUUCCGAAAGUAGUUUCGAGCACCCUGCGAUGGUGACUGACAUCUCUUUUGUGAAUGACGACACGUUCGUGACCACGUGCCUGGACGGCCGUCUGCGCCUGCUGCGGGCUGCCGGACCGGCAAAGAAGCGAAAGAUCGAGGUGCUGGCCGAAACCGAGUUGGGGCAGGACACGGGCAUCGAUGCGGACGACCGUACGCUGUGCUACGCCUGUGCCGUCUACCGUGCGGGAGACGGACACUCUUCCUCCACAUCCUCCAGCUCCACGGGACCGAAAUUGGCAAACGGAAAGAACAGUAAAGCCAGUGCCGACACAACGAAAGGCUUGAACAUAGUGUUGACGCCGGAGUCGGUCGCGCAGCUGCGGAUCGUCGCGGCGUGCCGCGAAGUGAUCGAGGUUUUUCGUGUGAUUACCACGGCUGACGGUUCGAAAAGCAGUUUGCAGCGGAUCGGCACGCCCAUCGAGCACCUGCACGUGGAAGUGAUCAACCAGCUUUCGUUUUUGCGCGAGCACAUCCUGGUUUCCGGCGGCGACGACGGGCUGGUCAACUUUACGGACAUGCGCGUCUGGGAGCAGGCCGUGCUGAAUCCGCGACGGGUUUCCAGAAAUUCCUCAGUCGACGACGUGGACAUGACAACAACUAUAUCGAACCCCUCGUCCAGCGCAGCUGGUGCCGCAGAACAUCAAGGCGGUAGAAGUACUACUGCCGGCGAGGUCGAGGUUGACUCUGGUACUUUGGCGCAACAGGAUGUGGACGAGGGCUUUCUGUUCACGAUCAACAACGACGAAAACGUCCGGUCCUUCCUCAUCGUCGAGGAGUUCGCCGUGGUUCUCUGUGCCUCCACAAACGAGACGGUCAGCGUCUGGAGUUUCGGCGGGAAGGAGGAGUUCGGGCAGCUGCGCCGAUUGGUGCAGUUCACAGACGAAAUCCGGUCGUGCGAGCAGCUUUUGUCCGGCGAGCGCGACGGCUUCCACACCCUGGGCUGCGUCCUCAGCAUGUGGUUCGAGCAGGGCAAGAUCUUCGUGCUCGGGGGCAGUUGCGACGGCGCGAUGAUGCUAUUUCACCUGAACUUGACCCAGUGCGUGCCCGUGCAGGAAAUCGGGUCCGCGCAUCUGGAGGGCGAGUACUUCGUACCCGAGAGAAGCGGGCAGGAGGACGGCGCCACGUCGGGCAGCGACGCAACGACUUCCGACGGUGUUGCGGUCGCCAAGCGGCUAAAGAGUCGGCUAAAGAGUGCGGACGAGGAGGAGGAUGUCGGGGUAAAGGAAAAUAAAGACGUCGUGGCCGCGCAGAGGAUGGCCGGUGACCACGACCUGGCGGGCGGUGUGUCCACAGCACAAAAGCACGAGGAGCUGGUGAGGUGUUGCGCAGUCCUACGGGCGGCGGACAGCAAAAGUUCCACUCGCGAGUUGUGGACCGGCGACGAAUCAGGCCGGCUCUGUCGCUGGUUCGCGCGAGGACGAAAACGGUGUCGCGCCACGGCAUGAAUGAUCCUCGAUAAAAGAAGGCGACUUCCAACGUGCACUGAAUCCUGCUAAAACUUUUAUGCACAUAACCAUAACGCAAACGCGAAAUCAUGAUCAACAUCGGGUUCUCUUUCU